UUGUAUUUAUUUUUAAUCAUAUCUAUAAAUAGCUUUAUAAUUAUAAACAGAAUCUCACUAUUCUUCUUCCCCCAUUUUCUCCUUCAAACAAACUCUUCUCUCCCACUUCCAUGAAGCUCUCUAACUUCUUCCUUUUCUCUAUUUUCUUCAUCACAGGGUUUCUAUGGAGUGUUCAAGUUGAAGGUUCACAUCAUCAUCACCAUCACCAUCAUGAACAUAGCCAUAACAAGAAAAGUUACAAAAAAGACCAAAAGAAGCGUCAAAUUUAUGGUUUUAAACCAACAAAGCUGUUUGUAUUUGGGGAUUCAUAUGCUGAUACUGGUAAUAACGGGAAAUCAGUGGCUAAUUCUUGGAAACAACCUUAUGGUGUCACUUUUCCUGGCAAGCCCUCUGGCAGGUUUUCCGAUGGCCGUGUCCUCACUGAUUACCUAGCUAAAUUCUUGGGAGUGAAGUCACCAAUACCUUAUAGAUGGAUGAAAUAUGCAACAAACAGGCUAAGAUAUGGAGUAAAUUUUGCUUAUGGAGGAACUGGUGUUUUUAAUACUUUAGCUCCAGAGCCAAACAUGACAACUCAAAUUGAUUUUUUCCAAAAAUUGAUGGCUGAUUCAGUCUACACAAAGGCAGAUGUUCAGUCUUCAUUGUUCUUGCUCUCUCUUGCUGGAAAUGACUAUGGUGCUUACCUUUCUAAUGGUGGUACAGCUCAGGAUCUUCCUGCCUUCAUAACUAGAGUGGUAAAUCAAUUAGUUAUAAACAUGAGAAGAGUCAAUGGAUUGGGUGCAAAGAAGGUAGCAGUAACAACAUUGGAGCCACUAGGAUGCCUUCCACAAAGCACAGUUUUUAAUUCAUUCCAACAAUGCAAUGCUACUGAGAAUAUUGCUGUGGAUUUUCACAAUUCACUUUUACAACAAGCUGUGGCAAAAUUGAACAAUGAGACAAUGGGUUCUAGCUUUAUGAUUCUUGAUCUUUUUAGCUCUUUCACCACUGUCCUGGAUCGCAAAGGAGUGCCAGGAAGUACAAGUUUCGAGACGCCACUGAAGCCAUGUUGCAUGGGAAUAAGUAAUCGAUAUUCAUGUGGAGGUAUGAAUGAGAAAGGUGAAAAGAUGUACACAGUGUGCAAUGAUCCAAAAUCUGCAUUUUUCUGGGACAGAGUUCACCCUACAGAAGCUGGAUGGCAUGCUGUUUAUACAGCUUUGAAAUCAAAUCUCACUCAAAAAAUCUUUUAACUUUUUACUGGGUUGUGUUAAUUCGUAUGGUCUAGCAUUUUUUAUUUGUCUAAAUGUAAUUCCUAGGUUUAAAAGUUUGUUUUGUUAUGUUUCAUUAGGCCUAGAGUUUUUGUACUUGGGGAGUCUAAAAAAAUAAAGGCUUCUAUUGCAUUGUAGUUCCAAGUUUUCGUGCUCCUUAUUUAGGGUGAUUUGCAGAAAUAAGGUUUUUUUCAGUGUCA